GAUCUAAAGGUUGUUUUCCACUAGGCGGAAAACUGCGAGCGGUCCGCUUCGCACGCUCAUCGGACAUGCGCAUUGGUAAGCUUAGUCCAAAUCAAGCGGAGAUUUCGAGCACGCUGAAAAGUAGAAUCAAGUUCUACUUUUUGGGCGGACCGAGUGGAAAUUGUGUUAACAAUGGAUGGAAGCUUGGUUCCCCUAGAUCUGCAAUCUGUUAUUGCAACAAUGAUAAAAGCUCAAGCAUCGCAAGGAUCACCUGGGCCUUCGUCGUCGGAUGCAAUGUCAUCUCAACAAGCCACAUACUUGCAACAAGAACCUCUGUCUGAUGAGUUGCCUAGGACAGUUACUGGGGAAUUUGAUGUGGAAAUUUUCAUCGAAGAACUUAAGAACUUCCCAUGCUUGUGGAAUACUUCACUGAGAAGCUAUCACGAAAAGCACACAAAACAAAAUUCAUGGAUGGUUCUAUCGGAGAAAUUUGGUAAAAAUGUUGAUUUUCUCAAGACACAGUUAAAGUAUCUAAAAGAUAAUUUGAAACGAUGUCUGGACAAAAGAAACAAGGAAACAAGAUCUGGAGCUUCACACACAAAGUUGCCAAAAUGUAAAUAUUUUGAUCAGCUUUCAUUCAUGCAUGACAAGGUUUCUAGUCGUCAGACAGAGAGCAAUGUUUCACUUGAACCAACCGAACCAACCUGUUCAGAAUUAACAGACAGAGAUGUUUGUCCAAGCACAGAUUUAUUAUCAAAGGAAGAGCCUGUAAAAAGGAAAAAUUUAGAAAUUCCAAAUGGGAAGGGGAAAAAGGCAAGACAAGAUUUGGGAUUGGCAGUUGAUGCCAUGUUAUUAUCAACUAUCAAGGAUAUGUCACAAAAUGAGAAAAAAAAUACUGAGACAUCCAUUAAUGAAGAUGCUGAUUCCCUCUUCUGCAGGAGCUGUGCUGCCACCCUGAAGAGACUACCUCCAAAGAAGAACAGUGAAGCCAAAAUGGAAAUCCAGCAAUUGCUAUAUAAUAUUGAGUUUUCAGACUAAAGCUUUGAAACACCAAAUUGAUUUGUAUCAUAAACUGAUUGUUAUCUUUUGACUAAUUUUACUUACCAUAAAUUCUCUUUUAAAUCCCCUCUCAGUUAAGCCCCCUCUCUCCUAUUAGCCCCCCUUUUAGAAGCAAAAAAUUUAGAAGCCCCUCACUCUAUUAAGCCCCAUCCCCCAAAAGCAUUGAAUAGUGUCAUAAAUAAGCUUGAAGAAAGUAGUUGUAUUAAGCCUGAUCACACUCAAUAGACAACAGUUUUCAAUAAAGUGCACUACUGAGAAUUUUUGAUAUUUGAGAAAUAUAUUUAGCCCCCUCUCUCUUUUAGGCUUCCCUCUUUAAUAAGCCCCCUUUAGAGUGCUUGAAAUCAAUAAGGCCCCUGGGGGGCUUAGUAGAGAAUUUAUGGUAUUUGCUAUAAUAAUACUGUUCUGUUCACAUUUUGUGCCAAAAGUAUACAGAGAUGUUCUCAAGGUCAGAAUAGAAGACAACUAAGGCCUUUGCUUCACAACUAUAUUUUGCAAGCACCCCCCCCCCACCUUAAAGAAGGAGAAAAUAUUUUGAACCCCCUAAUUUGCCACAGUGACUAUGAAUAAGAUCACUAUCUAUAGAAUUUUAUAAGUAUGACCAAAAUAUAUAGAUACAAUAUUAUAUAUAGAUAUAUGAUAUAGUUAGAGAAACAUACCCCCACUUGGCAUUGCAUUGUGCACCCAAAAGGGUUUACUCCACUAUUUGAGAAUAACUGUCUUUUGUCUAAUAGAGAGUUUGGGAAAGAAGAAAAAAGCUAAUAUGGCUAUGCUAGUCUAGGCUACAAAAUUCUGUUUUUCAAAGCCUCCAAAACUUCAAAGUAAUUGUUAUGUUAUCAAGCAGGUCAAAUUUCUUAAAUAGCAAUGUUCUUCUUAGGAAUUGUUCAAGUAAUAAAUGGAGGGAGCUGGUUUUUGUGUCACUUAUAUGAAGGGGGGUAUUCACUCUAAACAAGAG